AUGGCGAGUUCAGAGUGGGAAGAAGUGAAGCGGCUGGCAGCAGAUUUUCAGAGAGCCCAGCUGACUAGUGCCGUACAGAAAUUAUCGGAGCGAAACUGCAUCGAGAUUGUGAGUAAGCUGAUUGCGUUGAAGUUGAUUGAUGUGGUUUUCACCCUCGAUGGCAAGGAGUACCUCACACCCGCUCAGAUUACCAAAGAAAUACAAGAUGAACUCAUCUUCCAUGGAGGAAGGCUCAAUCUGGUGGAUUUACAGCAGAUUCUCUGCGUUGACUUCAACCACAUUGAAGGGAAGGCCAAUGAACUGAGCAAGCAUGACAAGUCAAUCCAACUGGUACUCGGUCAACUGAUCACAAGGGACUACAUGGACAGACUAUCGGAGGACAUCAACGACCAGCUUCAGGAGGCAGGUCAGGUGACCAUUGCAGAGCUCACCAAGUCACAUGAUCUUCCAGCGUUCUUUCUCACAGAGAUGGUUGAGACUCGUCUAGGCACCAUCAUACAGGGUCAGAUGGAGUCCUUUGACCAGGGUGUUAUAUUCACCAAGGCGUUUGUGGAGCGACACACGGCGCAGAUUCGUGGGGUUUUCAGCGCAAUCACAAAACCCACACCAGUUAUCAGCAUUCUCAACCAGUUCAAGUUUCCAGAGAGACUGUUCUACGGGUGCCUUCAGGAGUUGGUGGACAGUGGCCGAUUAAAUGGUUCCAUCGCUGGAGGGCGACAGGACAAGGCGUCAUACAUUCCAGAUCUAUAUGCAAAAACACAGAAUGCCUGGGUGGAUUCCUUCCUCGCCCAGAACGGAUACCUAGAAUACGACGCACUGACGCGGCUAGGCAUCUCUGAUGUCAAACAGUACAUCAAGAGGCGGUUCAAGUCGGAUAAUCUGUUGUAUCUGUCCUCGUGCGUUGUGGGGAAACACCUCCAGGAUAGGGUCGAGGCCAGUAUAGAGGAAGCCUUAUCCACAGGAUCAUGGAUUGAUGUCACACCUUUGCUGCCCUCGUCCUUCUCUGUAGAUGACAUCCACCAGGUGCUGCAGCAAUGCAUGAAGGGAAGGAGCAAACUAGGGGCUAAGGUGAUGUGCAGCACCAUCGUCUGCAGCGAGAAGUUCCUGUCUGAAUCCAGGGCCAUCUUUGAGCAGCUCAUGACUCAAAAGGCUCAACAGGAUGCUAAGAAUGCUCCUCAGUUGCUCCUGCAAGUGGAUAAGAAAGCCGUGGCUGCCAUCAGUGGAACGUCAGAGAGUAAGAAAGAUCGCAAAGAUGACAGGAGAAAGAAAGCAGCAACAGGUGGUGGCAGCAGUAAAGGAGGUGGGCAAGGAAUAGCCAGAGAAGUCAAGACCAAGAAGGUUAAGAAGAACAGAGGCCGGGAUGUAGUAGAAGAGGAUGACGACAUCUCAGCAUCAAGAAGUCAUCAAUCUGAAGAGCUUCCAUUUAUGUCGAUAGAGGAGAUAGAAGAUGUAUUGAGUAAGUCAUUGAGAGAUUGCCCUGAGGAGCUACACUCAGAGAUGGCUGCUGACCUCUAUAGACCCUUGCAGAGAGCAUACCAAGACAUAGCCAAGUCGAUCUUCCUGGCGGCGGCCGGGUCGGUAGACAGCUCCAAGAGACGUAAGAAUCGAGGAGAAUUAGAGGAGAAGAUUAAUGGUCUACUGAAUAACAUCCGACUGUUUGAAAAAGGGAUCAGACAGUUUUUAGGUAGGGAUGAAGAAUUAGAAAAUCAAUUAUGUAAAUAUUUACUGAGGUCUCUCGGCACCGACAUCACAAAUCUACUACUCAGCUCAGUCACGACUGAGAACUUGAUGUCCGACGUGGACCCAACAACACUCACCACGGAGACACGUGCAAGUAUACUCGUCAAGCUAACAGAUGAUCUAAGAGUGCCUCUGUCUAAACUACACAAUGCUUUGAAUGGCAAGGACCUGAAUGAUUUCUUCUCUAAUUUGGAGAAGUCCUGCGACUCUAACAUCUGCGACAUCAUGCUCAAGAAAUUGGACAAGAAGAAAGAAAGGCAACUGGUUUUCAAUCACCGUCAAGCCCUACGAGAGCAACUGCAGAAUGAAACGGAUCCAGCUAUGGCUCUACACCUAGCCGUAGUACUUGCCUUCCAGAACAGUACACAGUGUAUGCUGCAUGCGCCGGGAAAGCUCAUCCCUCCGCUCAUUGGAUUCCUUGCUGAGCAUCUCGCCGUCGACCACCGCAAACUCCUUCUGAGGUACCAGGGCCUCGUCCAGAAGCGUCUCGGCCUCACCAGGGAGAGAGAAGAGCAUUCUGGGAAAACAUUGCAUUAUGGGAAUAAGGAGACGGAGGAGCAAGCUGAGGUGGCAGCCCAGCUGGACGUACUCCUGCCGGAUAUUAAGGACAUUGCUCUGUCGAAGAAAACUGCAACGGUUGUCGUUGAGUCGUAAUCGUAGCGAUUGAACUUUGUGAAGUAAUUAUUUAAAUUGUGAUCCUUUUGGUUUGUCCAUUGACUGAAACUAAUCUACAUCUCUUUGCCCAUUUGACGUAGUCAGAUAAAAAUAAAAAGUUAACAAUAUCUUAUGUGAUCCCUGGCUAUACGGCAGGUACAGGUCGAAUGGCUUCUAGCUGGCACGCCUUAACAAAGAUAUUGACAAAAAAGCGAGACCGCCAUCAUAUGGCUUGAUAAUUUGGAAGUCGCAGGUUCAAGUCCUGCUGUAGUAAAUUUUUCUCUGUUGGUUCCCUUUUUUAAAAACAUCUAAUGAAGUUAA